AUGCGCAACGUUCUACGCGAUCCGCUGCGUCUGUCCAACUGGAAACCGUCAUCGAUGAAUCGAGCCAUCAAUCAGUUACAAGCCUACCAACAACUAUUCCAAGGCGCGCUGGUCGACUUCAAGCGAAUCCGAGCGCGAUUCGUUCAGCGCAAAACAAUGAAAUACGAGUUUGAGAUUUUUGUGAAGUUCGAGAAAGCCACUCGACACAUUUGGGCGUUGUACCAACAAGCCAUCGUCGGGGAUAUUAAUGUGCCAAAACUCGAUUAUAUGGAAAUCGAUGAAGGCGAAAAAUCAUGGAUGUGGCGGUGGAUCAACGGAAAUGAUAAAUGGCACGCAUGGAAUCAACUUCGAGGAUUGACCAAACAAGAAGCACAAGAGGAAUUCGUCAAGCAAGUCGAGAAAUUGAAAAUUGAUCUACCAGGAAUGAUUGAAAGAUGGCGAUCGGAACAAUCCAAUGAUCCAAAGCCGAAUGACGAAACCAACAUUGGAACAAUUUAUUGA